CCCCGGCUCUCCUGCUCGCCUUCACUUCUUGUGUGAGUUGACAUACAACCAUUAGCACCAACCUCAGACGCGUUCACUACAGCUGCAUAUACCACUGUCUCUAGGGCCUUUCGUGUUUGUGCAGCGCUCGUGCUUCUAGUUUGCCCUGCCUGGGCAGCUAAGCGGGACAUAGAUGAUGCUCAAAUGACAAAACUCUAAAACUUAACGGCCGGAGUUGUGAGGGCAGGACAGCAGGCUGUGACUUGCGCGCGGGAGGAACACUUUGGACGCGAGCGGGCGCUCAGUAGGUUGCACCGGGCACCACCAUGGCUGCGGACGUGACUUACCACUACUCGAUGGGGCGCAUCGACCGCCUUGAAGUCGAAAACUUCAAGUCUUACCGGGGUCGGCAAUUCAUCGGGCCCUUCAAGCCCUUCACCGCUGUGAUUGGCCCGAAUGGCAGCGGGAAAUCCAACCUUAUGGAUGCCAUCAGCUUUGUGUUAGGUGUGAAGACCACGCAGCUUCGCGGUUCACUCAAAGAGCUGCUCUACAGCGAUGGCACCACCGGUGGGACCCAGGCCCGGCGCGGCUAUGUCAAACUGGUAUACGUGGUGGAGGAGCGCGCCCCCGGCGCGCGGCCCGGCGACCCGCCCCAGGAGCGGGAGAUGGUGUUCGCGCGCCACAUCGUGCCGGCCAGCGGUGGCGCCGACCCAGAUGGCGCAGCCGCCACCUACAAGUCGGAGUUCCGGGUGGACGACCGGGCGGUGACGUGGGAGGUGUACGCGCAGCGCCUGGGCGGGCUGGGCAUCCUGGUCAAGGUCCGCAAUUUCCUGGUGUUCCAGGGCGACAUCGAGGCGGUGGCCAGCAAGAGCCCGGCCGGUCUUACGGCCCUGUUCGAGCAGAUCAGCGGCAGCGAGGCGCUCAAGGAGCGCUUCGAGGCGGCGGCCGCCGAGAAGGCGGCGGCAGAGGAGAAGGUGUCGCUGCUGUUCACGCGGCGCAAGCAGCUGCUGAUGGAGGUCAAGGCCAAGAAGCGGGAGAAGGAGGAGGCGGAGCGGCACGCGGCGGCGGCGGAGGAGCUGCGGCUGCUCAAGUCCGACCUGGCUGUGUGGCAGCUGGCGGCGGAGGGCCGGGCGCUGGGCGAGGCGCUGGCGGACCAGCGGCAGGCGGAGGAGGCGCUGGCGGCGCUGCAGCACAAGACGUCGGACAGCGACGGCAAGCUGGACGCGCUCAAGCGCAAGGCGGCGGGCUUCAAGAAGGACAUUGCCAGCCUGGAGAAGAAGAUGAAGAAGAUGCAGGCAGAACGCGACAAGAAGAGCCCCGGGCUGCUCAAGGCCAAGGAGGAGCUGGGCCGCUUGGGCCGCUUCGCCAAGACCGGCGCCAAGACGGCGGCGGAAAAGGAACGGGCGGUGGCGGAGCAGGAGAAGAAGCUGCGCAAGCUGGAGCGGGAGCUGGACAAGUUCAAGCAGGACGAGGCGGCGCUGGAGGCGGAGGUGGCGUCGCACUACGCCGCACACGACCGCCAGGCGGCGGGGGGCGGGCUGACCAGCGCUGCCAUGCAGGCCGAGUACGCGGAGCUCAAGGCGCGCGUGGGCGCGGAGACGGCCAAGCAGGACGGCGAGCGGCGCACGUUGGCGUCGGAGCAGGAGGCCGACCGCGAGCAGCUGCGUCACCUGCGUGAGGCGCUGGCGCAGCUGCAGCAGCGCGCAGAGCAGCUGCGGGCGCAGGCGGCGGAGGCGGCGGCCAAGCAGCAGGGCGUGGCGGGGCUGCUGGAGGAGAUGAGCUUUCGUUUACGUGGGAUUGGAGUGCAUCGCGCAUCUUGCGGCUCCGCGCCGCCCGACGCGCGCGCGGCCCGGUGGGACGAGGGCGAGGUGUCGCGCCUGCGGCAGGAGGUGGAGGCGCUGGCGGCGGCGCUGGCGGCGCUGCCCUCGCCGCGACAGCAGAUGGAGGCGGAGCAGGCGCUGGCGGCGGAGGUGGGGGCGCUCAGCAGCAAGAUAAAGUACACGGAGGCGGAGGCCAGGGAGUCGGGCGGCAAGAUUGCCUCCCUGGAGUCGUCCGCCAGGCGCGCAGAGGAGGAGGCGGCGCGCAAGCGGCCGGCGGCGGAGCGGCUGGAGGCGGCCGUGGAGGCGAGGGAGGCCAGGAUAGAGGCCCUGACCGCCUCCAUCAACGGCGUGAGUGACCGCCUCAUGUCGGACUUCAGCCGCCGCGCGGGCGUGGCCAACAUCCGCGAGUGGGAGGAGCGGCACGCGGCCUUCGAGGCGGGCGUCAGUGAGCGGCGCCGGCAGCUGCUGAAGGCAACCACCAACACGCGCUCCCAGCUCGAGUACGAGCGCUCGCUCCUGGAGCGGCUGAGGGCGGCGGCGGCGGCGGCGGCGGCCGAGCUGGCGGAGAGCGGCGCGCGGCAAAAGGAGCUGGAGGCGACGGUGGCGGCGGCGCAGGAGGCGGCGGCGGCGGCGGAGGGCGAGGUGGCGGAGAUCACGCAGCGCAUGGACACGCUGAGGGAGCAGGUUGCGGCCGUGGAGGCCGAGGCGGCUGACAUCAAGGCCGCCGCCGCGGAUCUGGGCCGGCGGGCGGGCGAGCUGCGGCGGGCGGCGGCGGGGGCGGCGGCGGCGGCGGAGGAGCGGGCCGGGCGCAUGCUGGACCUGGUCAACGCGGCGCGAGUGGACCAGGUGAAACUGCCGGCCAGGGCAGCGACGGGCGAGGAUGAGGGCGACGACGAGAUUGAGGACCCCGAUGCUCAUCCGACCUCAUCCGGCUCCGACUCAGAUGAGGAAGACGCAGGGGCGGAUGAAGACGCAGAGGCGGAAGAGGACGGAGACGGAGACGCGGCAAUGCGAGACGCCGGCCGCGGCGGCGGCCGCAAGCGCAAGGCCGCAGCCGCAGCCGCCGGCAAGGGGCGGGGCAAGGGCGUCAAGGGCGGCGGCGGGGCGCGCGGCAAGAAGCGCGCACGGACGGACGCGGCCGCUGCUGCUGCUGCUUCCGCUGGCGCUGCUGCUACUGCUGCUGGCGGUGGCGGCGGCGGCAGUGGUGGGAAGGGCCAUGGACGCUACAUUGACCUCGACGAGCUAGUCGCGGGGCUGCCCAGUGGCGGCGCCGACGGCGGCGGCGGCGGCGGCGCUGGCGGCGGCGGCGAGGGUGGCGCUGGCGACGGUGGCGGCGGUCCUGCCCAGGCGCAGGCGGCGGCGGCGGCGGCGGCUGCUCUGGCUGCGACCAUGGUCCGACUGGUGGGAUUGCUGGACACACGCCGACUCAGCAAGUCUCAGCUGGCGGCCGCCUCGGCUCGUGAGCGCGAGCGUGUGAGGUCGGAGCUUGAGGGCCGGGUGGCGGCGGCGGCGGCGGAACUGGCGGCGCGUACGGCACCCAACAUGCGCGCGGGGGAGCAGUACGAGUCCAUAAAGGAGCGGGAGCGGGCGCAGCUGUCCGAGCUGCAGGCGGCGCAGGCCGCCUCGGGCGCGGCGGCGGAGGCGUUCGCGCGGCUGCGGGGGCAGCACAUCGCGCAACAGAUCUCCGCCAUCUACAAGGACCUCACGCGCUCCUCCACACACCCACUGGGCGGGCAGGCCUACCUGCACCUGGAGCAGGAGGAUGAGCCGUACGCGGGCGGCAUCAAGUUCACGGCCAUACCGCCCGCCAAGAGGUUCAGGGACAUGGAGCAGCUCAGUGGCGGCGAGAAGACGGUGGCGGCACUGGCGCUGCUGUUCGCCAUCCACUCCUUCCGGCCCUCGCCCUUCUUCGUGCUGGACGAGGUGGACGCGGCCCUUGACGCCGCCAACGUGGCGCGGGUGGCGCACUACAUCCGGCGCCGCACCAGGCCGCAGCAGCAGCAGCAGGGGGCGGCAGGAGGAGCGGGAGGAGGAGCAGAAGAUGAGGGCGGCGGUGGCGAGGGCGAGGGGGAGGAGGAGGAGGGCGACGGCAGUGGCGGCGGCGCGCGUGGCUUCCAGUCCAUUGUCAUAAGCCUCAAGGACAUCUUCUACGAGAAGGCGGACGCGCUGGUGGGCGUGUGCCGAGACCUAGGGGAGCAGCAGCAGCAGCAGCCGGGGGCGGCAGCAGGGGAGGCAGCAGGGGCGGGGGCGGGGGAGGCAGCAGGGGCGGGGGCGGGGGCGGCAGGGGCGGGCGAUGGUAUUAGUGCUCACCGCGGGCACCACCUGCAGGCCAGCUGCAGCAAGACGUUCACCUUUGACCUCAGUCGCUUUGAGGAGCCGGAGCCGGACGUGUGAGGAGGAGGAGGGGUUGCAGGGGGUGGGCAGCGCGUGGUGAUAUGGGGGGGGCGAGUAGCGGGGCGAGGCGGCGGCGUUUGCACGUGGAGGGAAGGGGAGGAGGUGGAAGGGGAGGGGCUGAGGGGACGAAGAGGGGUGAGGAAGGCCGAGAGGCAGUUCUGCCGGAGGCGGAUUGCAGCAGCAGCAGUCGCAAGGGAGCAAGAGGCACGGAGGCGACGCCACAUUUCGCGACGAGCAUUCCGUUUCGUAUGUGUUGCAUGUGUCACCGGUGUGCGUGUAACGGACAGUUGUG